AUGCACAAGCUCGACUGGACAUCUUCGCAGAUGCCUCACCAACGGCGUUUGCGCGCAGCUGCGCAUUCAUCCAUGGCGCGUCAUGUCGCUGCCUCGUGGGUGCGCGCUCGCUGCACACACCAAUCCAGACAGAGCACACCCGACGCUCAGUCGAGAUUCCUCUUCCCCCGAUUAGCCCGAAAUUUAAAUGCCUCCUUCGCGUCGUCAACCGAUGCUGCGACGGAGUCCAUGUUGGCUCGCACAGAUCUGGUUGAAAGUUCCCCGGUGACCGGGCCCAUGGUUGACCACAUUUGUGCCCCCGUGACCGCAUCAGCUGGUGCCGAAAUCGGUACACAUCCAUCGGAUGCGAGACGGACGGGAGUCCCAGAUCCCCACUCCCCCGGGAGUCAGGGAGCCGCAUCCACCACCAAACAUGUCCAUUUCAACGACCCCUUGGAAGUGAGACGGGCCGAAGCCCCAGACUCCCACCCGACCUUGGGUCAGGAGUCCACAUCCUCCAGUUCCACUCGCAACGUGAGCGACAGGCCAUUGGCCCAGCAGGUCCAACAACAGCACAUCACCGCCACCACUACAAACGCAGAACAAAACCCAGCAUCGUCCGUGCAAUGUUUUCCGACUGAGGCGCGCCUGAGACAGAAGCAGCGCCUUAAGGAUAUGAAGGAACUGGGGCAAAAGCCCGUAGAACGGCGUCAACAUGUAGAGGACCACCACGAUGAUUGCGGCAGCAGUCUGGAAAGCCUAACCAGAUUCCUGCCGGAGCCGCAGCAACCAGAUCCCAUGCAUGCUGCCUUGCAUGCGCAUGCAGCCGACUUACCGUUGACCUGGCUACAGGGAUGCUCUGGAAGCUCCGACCUCAAACGUCAAUCUGAAGCAUGCUUUAUCGCACCCAAUGUUGCAGCUGCUUUCAAUGCGUUGAGUGCGUUGCCUCCCGGCACCUCUGAAGUCCUUGAGCUGAGUGGAGGCCCCAAUGAAACAGCCAAUUUCUCAGUGCGCAGGAUCUUUCACUCAGGCGACAUGUUUGACCUGACCACGCAAGCCUGUGUCACCAACAGGCUUGACCUCCAGAUCAUGGCGACAUAUGUGCGCGAGUGUAAGCCUGCCUUCUUGAUACUUACUCCUUCAAGUGCCCCGUCUGCGGACUGCCAAACGUUUAUGGAGUUCUGCGGCCAUGUGGCAAAACGGCAAAGCGAGGACGGUCGACAUUUCUUGGCCGAACAGAUGUGUGACAUUGGCCCUGAAGCAUGGCAGACAAUGGAGACCGAGCUCGCCACGCAGUGGCACCAAGUACAUCUUUGUGAUGAGCGCCCGUACCGCCGAUUGAUGGCGAACCACGGCGCUCUCCUAGUGUAUGUCCCCAUUUUUAUCAGUGCAACUGACAGCAAAACCUGUUGGCCCGCAGCAAUGAAGCGUGCCAUUAGCGACGGACUGUGUCAUGCUCAAGUCCUGGAGACUCCGAUGCAGCCGCAGAAGUCCCACGCUCGGAAUCAGAACCUUGGCGUUUGUGUCCGGGUUGUCGGGGCAGACAAGCAAGACAUGACCCCCGUCACUCACGAGUGCGUGGCCAGUGCAAGUUCCCUGACGAUGAACCGUAUGUGUUUGAGUGCCCUGGAUGCAAAGCCCACCGGCCAAUCGAUCACCCCACUCACACGCGUGGGCGGGCUUCGGCAAGUGUGGCCCAAGACCGUCAAGCCCAGUUGCCUGAUGGGUCCGAUCUUGGAGCUGUUGAAGAGGCAGCUGCUGUUGAAAGGGAACGUGAAGCCCCUGUCCCAUGCGAGGGUGGUGCGCCUUCCUCGUCAUCCGACCCAGCAGCAGCUAGUCCAGAUGCAGACGUUGAAGUACGAGCCCCUCCUGAUCCCGCGAGUGCAAGCGAUGGAGAUGCACGUGUCCGUGCCCCGCGUGAAGAGAGGAGGCCACAAGAUGCACAGGUGGGCACGCCGCAUGCGUCAGAUUGGACACGUAGAAUGUGAUCUGCUGUUUUAUCGUCAGUUCAUAACUUUCCACUGCAUAUGUCGAGCCACGCGUUGGCACUCCGCCACCGUGGUAAGUGCAAAGGAAGGCGAAGUACUGUUUGAAGCAUUCACAACGUGCUGGGUAGGACAAUUUGGCCCUCCCGAAAUCCUGUACAUGGAUGGCGAAAGCGGAAUGUGGCGCCCUGAUAUCGCGGACAGGAUCCGCCGGUUGGGCUGCGACUUUAAACUGAGAGCACCUCAGCAGCAUGCUCGGUACAUCGAGCGUCGUGGGGCAGUGCUGAGAGCACAGCUGCAUACGAUGGAGGAACAGCUGGAAAGAGAAGGGAUUGUCUACACAUUCCCGGCGCUGCUGGCAGAAGCAGUGUUUGCCGGCAACUCCCUGACUCAUGUCGGCGGCUCCACACCCUAUCAAGCAGUGUAUGGGCGACAACCGUGGAUGCUACCACCUCUUGAGACCCCAGACCUUGGCGAACGUGACGAUAUGUCAUCCGAAGGUGACAGACAGCGGGAACUCAUCCGUCAAACAGCGCUGUCGGCUAUGAUAUCGGCUACUGCAGCUUCCCGGCUAAGCAGAGCCGCGCACACUCGAACAGGACAAGACAGCCGUGACUUCAAGCCCGAUGACUUGUGUGAUGUCUACCGCAAACCAGUCAGCAAGGAUGCUAGCGGAUGGGUUGGACCGUCCCAAGAUGUCAGGCAUGCUUUGCUGUGCCUGAUGGCAGAACAGCAGACUUCGAGUUGGCAUGAAUGCAUGCAGAUUCUGGAAGAAGCUUUGAGCCAGAUGCUUCCUGGCCAAUCUGCUUUGUACGGCUUUGCAACCAACAAAAAUGGUGGCCACAGCUUGAGUGAGCAAGCACGGCGGCGACCCUACGUGUUGCAAGCAUUGGAUCAUCUUGUGCUUAACUGCUGGAGACUUGAAGAAGUCAUGUCUGUACGGCUUGCGCGCGGGGCAAAGGCGCUAGCAGCGGUGCCCGGUGCCAGCCACAGUACUGUGUUCUGGUGGUUUAAUAGUGCCGACUCUGAUGUCAUGUUCGGUGUUGUGGAUCACUCAAGGGUAGACCUAGCAGAGCUUAUAGGCGCAGAUUACAAAUUCGCAAAGGUUGUCCAAGCCAUCCACUGCACAGGACUUGACAUCACACUUGCCGAUGCGUGCGACGGCACCGGAGACUUAACGCAUGAAUCUCUCUGUGGCGACCUCCUGCCCGAGAGUGAUGCUGAAGUUGAGCCUGACAUCCACACCCCUGCUGGUACCCUCUCCACGAUAGCGGAGGAAGAAGAAGAGUGGCAGAGUUAUGCCGCUGGGUUGAUGUUGGAUGCGGAAGAGGGUGCCGCAGUACGCGAAGUGUUCUUUAACCACGAACUGCUAGAAGCAAGCGCCGAAAGCGACAACAGCUGUGAUCUGCUUUAUGUCCACCCGGUAGAUGAAGCAGGCAACAGCUGUGUAGAAAUUUGGUUUGCUCGAGAAUUUUCGAACGUCAUUGGCGACAAAGAUGAAUUGGAGCCAGAUGAGACUCGAGUAAUGCAAAUCUUUGCAUCUGGUUUCCGCAACACCGUCAUCAAGAGAGAAAGUGACUUGCUUACCCCAGCCGAAAUGAAAACGUGUCAGGCCGAGGUUCAAGCUGCCAUUUUGGAAGAACUUAAGAUAUGGCAUCGUUACGGCUGUUUUAAGCGUGUACCAAAGGCUGGAGCAAGCAACAUCAUGGACUCUCGUUUUGUCGCAAAAUGGAAGAAAACCGAAGACGAAAACAACCAACCAAAAAGAAUCGUCCGCAUGCGACUGGCGCUGCGUGGCUUUAAAGAUAUCCAAGCUGAUGAGUUGGAGGCGUUUGCCGCCACGGCGUCACGACAGUCGCAGCGCAUCUUAUGCUCAGAGCUUGCAUGCAGGCCUCACUGGAAAUUCGUGUCUCUCGACGUUAACAAGGCUUUCCUCCAAGGCAUGACCUAUAAAGAGAUACACGACCUUACUGGCGAGGCCGAGCGCAAAGUUCAUUUCACGCUUCCCCCUGAAGCAGCAGUUCACUUAAGAAAGCUUGAGGGGUACCAUGAUUUUGAUGAACGCCGAGAGGUGCUGAAGUGCAUUAAGCCCGGAGAACUGGUGCUCAUGGUGGCGAAGCAUGUUGAUGAUUUGAAAGUUGCCGGUGAACCCCGCGAGGUAGACAACUUGAUUCAGCAGUUGCAGAUUGAGUUUGGCGCGGUUGCGUAUGCAUUGCUUUCCCAGUCUUGGGCCUCAGUGUUCGUGAUUGCCCUCCAGAG